AUGUUACUGAGAGGGGCCCUGCUUGGCAUUCUGCUCCUCAGUGCUCUCUGGGCAGAAACUGUUCUGGCUGGCUCUAGCUUUUUAAGCCCUGAAUAUAAGAAAUUACAGCAACAAAAGGACUCAAGAAGGCCACCACCACCAACCACCACCACCACAUUACACCGCCGAAGCCGAAGCAUGGGAGGUUUUUCAGACGCAGAUGAAGCAUGGACAGAAGAUGGCAGUAACGGUGUGGAAAUUAAGUUUAAUGUUCCCUUUGAAAUUGGUGUCAAGCUAACAGAAGAGCAGUAUCGGGAAUACGGACAGACGCUGGAGAAGGUGCUCGAGGAUAUUCUCCAGGAGAACACUAACGGUACUAACAACCAAAGCUCCAAAGCAAAGAUUUAA